AUGUCAAAAGAAAGCAACAUAUCUAGACCAGGGGCUGCUGCAUUGGAAAAUAUGAAACUGUUGAAACACGAGAGUUCUAUAUUUAAGGUUCCAAAAGUACCAAAAAAGAAGGAAAUUAUAAAGAAAACACAAGUUUUGGAUGAAGAUGUAUACGUAGAGGGUAUUGCUAAAAUUAUACAAAGAGACUUUUUUCCCGAUUUAGAGAAACUUAAGGCACAGAAUGAAUUUUUAGAAGCAACAGAAAACAAAGAUUAUGCACGUCUCAGAGAACUAACUAGAAAGUAUAGCGGCCAGAGACCACCCACAGAACCUUAUAACUCCCCAGCUACAUUUGACACUCCGCAUUUGGACCGGCCAUUCUCACCGGCCGCUCCAACAAGGGACCAACCAGACUCGGACACAGAAUCUGUCUCUAGUAAUAAACCAAAAGAUAUUACAGACAAACAUUCUUUAGAUUCAUAUUUAGCAUCACACACAAGUGAAGACAACGCGAGCUAUGACCGCGUCAUCUCGUUGGAGAACAAGAAACGCGCCACGAAGCUGGCAACACAGUUACAAGCAGAGGUGACGUCAUUAGCUCUCGCGGACGCGGCGCUCGCACUGCCAUCUAUCGAACAACAAGCAGACCAGACUGAGAGGCCACAUGAGCUAGACACAUGGCGCUACAAAGCUAAGAACUACAUAAUGUACGUCCCGGACGGGGCGGAGUCCCAGCGGCCGCCACCGAAGCCCGAGUUGGUACACCAGAACACACGUCUGAAGGCCGAACCCUUUGACCAUGUGAAGAACAAAGAAGCCAUCAGCGCUAUUGCUAGGAGUCAGGACGCAAGUGUAACAGGAAAGAUAGGCGUGGACGGCGUCAGCAUAUCGACGGAGAAAUCGGGCGGGGCAUACUCGUUAGUGGCCACACCGUCGCCGCGGCCAGGGGAGGGACCAGACCAGUCGCCCAUUAUGACCUGGGGAGAGAUCGAAGGCACUCCAUUCAGGCUCGAUGGUGGAGACACGCCCUUACCAGCUGUGGGUGCUGGUGCAGCGUACCGAAUGUUAGAGGGCGGCGUGCGCGAGCGCAUCGCGCUGCAACUGGCUGAGCAGGCGGCCAAGAGACGUCGGCCCACCACGCCGCGCAUCGCACCGCCUACGCCAAGUUUUCGAUCGAAUACAGAACGCCUUGCAAGCAUGUCGCCGGCCGCAAGGAAAUUAGCAGCAAAACAUUUACUGUCUCCUCGACUGAAAUUAACUCCUAACGACAUGGGUAUAUUAUCUCAUGCUACUCCGAAACGGACCCCGACCCCACAGAGACCCCUAGUAGCCACACCCAUCGGGAAGAAGACCCCACGACCGUCUCGUGAAGGCAGCGUCAACAAUAACAUGACCACAGAAGAUAACAAUCUCACAGAUAAUCUAUUACAGAUCAAUGUUGCCAAGCGCACGAGGCUAAAAGCUCAAGAUUUUUUCAAAUAA